AAGAAAAACAAAGUUUGGUGAAUUUUUUCUGGCAGGAAAAGUAGAAAAAUCUCCGGUGUAAUGUCCUAUUUUGGGCUGGACAGAGUGUCCAAAUUGUUCAGAAUCAUUCAGCAGAAUGGUGGCAUUCGGGCGAGUCUCUACAAGCUGUAUAGGAUGGAUGACCUAAAGGAGGGACGACUCGUGGGUGAAGACAAGUACGGAAACAAGUACUACGAGAAUCCCUACUUCUUCUAUGGACGCAAUCGCUGGGUUGAGUACUCGCCAGACUUCAGCACGGAUUACGACGGAUCCCAGAUUCCGGCUGACUGGUUUGGUUGGAUGCAUUACAAGACGGAUCUUCCUCCGGAUCGCGAUGGGACGCGGCCAAAGUACAAGUGGAUGGUGGAUCAUUCUGAGAACAUGUCCGGAACUCCCGGACAGUACAUGCCGUACACAACCACCCGGCCCAAGAUUGAGGCCUGGGACCCCAGCAAGAAGCAGUAGAGAUCAUGAAGCUAUUAGGUAAAUCCUUUCCGGUUUUUGUUAUCUAGUGGAGAGCCAAUAAAUUGGUUGUCUGGCCAGA